AUGGCGGUGGCUUUUAAUACUCUGAAGCUGCACGCAGCAACAGCGAAGGCGAUCAGUAGUGUCUUCAAAUUUACGCAUAUGACACCAGUCCAGUCCCAUACCCUGCCUGAGAUUCUUAAAGGCAAAGAUGUCCUGGCAAAAGCUCGCACUGGAACGGGCAAAACAUUUGCAUUCCUGGUGCCCGCAAUCGAUCGGAUGGCUGAAAACCCGCGUGCACGAGCUGACGACAUAGACACGUUGGUCAUCUCGCCUACACGUGAACUGGCCACGCAGAUCUAUGAUGAGGCAGAAAAGCUCACAACUUUUCACAAGAAUAUACGUUCAAUGGUUUUGGUCGGUGGUGUAAACAAAUCUAAAGACAUGCGAGCAUUAGCCGGCAACCCCAGUAUCGUGAUUGCUACCCCCGGGCGUUUGAUCGACCAUCUAAAGACCACAAAGGGCUUCGCUCAGAGAGUUAAUGGCGUCCGAACACUCAUUUUGGAUGAGGGUGACCAGUUGCUGGAUAUGGGCUUCAAACGGGAGAUUGAACAGAUUGUUAGAUUCCUACCACCCAACCGCCAGUCCCUCUGCUUCAGUGCGACCGUACCAACAACUUUAAAGAAUGUGAUACACGCGGCCUUGCGACAAGGGUACGAGACUAUCGAUUGUACUGCUCUCGCGGGAGAUGUUGGAUCCGAUGUGCACGAUGCCAGUAAGGUACCCCAAGAGAUAGCUAUUGUAGGCGCUUCGCAACUGUACGAGAAGGCCAUUACAGCCAUUGCACAUGAAAUCAGUAUGAACCCAACCAACCAUAAGGUCAUGGUGUUCCUACCCACAGCGCGCGCAACCGGGGUACUCGCCCACAUGUUGCAAAACUGGACAUACUCUAAGAAGACCUCCAUCGGUGACACACGCACCUCUGUGUUCGAGAUACACAGCAGAAAAAGUAUGCCUCAGCGCACACGCACGGCCCAGCAGUUCAAGGAUGCCGAUUGUGGUGUGCUUGUAUCGUCUGAUGUGAGUGCGCGUGGAGUGGACUAUCCGGAUGUGACUCUGGUGUUGCAGGUAGGCAUACCGUCGAGCAAGGACCAGUACGUACACAGGUUGGGUCGUACUGGACGUGCGGGCAAGACAGGACGUGGAUUGCUGAUGUUGGCUGAAUACGAGAAAUCCUUCAUAAACACCGUUAAGGAUCUCAAAUUCGCCGACGCCACACCUGUUCUCAAUGCGCAUGACGCGGAAUGCAACGACAAUGAAAUUGCCAGGGCGUCUAUGAAGAAUGUCGAUGCAAAGUUGAAGGCGCAGGCAUACUCGGCGUGGCUUGGAUAUUAUAAGGGCUAUGCCAAACAGUUUAAUUUGAGCAGUUCCCAGCUUGUGGAGCUUGCUAACCGAUAUGCGGCUGAAGUGCUUCAUCUGCCCGAGCCACCAGCCCUCAGCAAACAACUCGUUGGCAAAAUGGGGUUCAAAGGUGUGCCCGGCAUCAGGAUAGAAAGCGCAGAUCAGACAAAGCAUGCACGAGCCGCGUCAUCUCGGCCAUCACAACACGGAGCGGGUCGACAACACGGCCAUGUGGGAGGUCAUGGGUUGGUACAUGACGGUCGCGUGCGUGGAAAGAUGUAACAUGGGCAGGAUUAAAUUGGAAUAGUAUGGAAGUUGUGAUAAACGCACCCAAAUCGACUGCGCAACCGGGUGCAAAAAAGACUCCGUUGAGUGUUAUCAAGUACCCGUCUUGUACACGCUGUGUAUGACGUUGGGACGAGAAAAUGUAUUGAGUGCGA